AUGAAUCCAUCGGAUCCAAAAUAUAUUAGAAAUAUUAUAUUAUCUUAUUUACAUUCGUGUGUCAUUGAUUCUAAUCCAAAAAGUAUUAUUGGUUUUGAUCAAUACAAUGCACGAGAUAAAGCUCCAAUUAUACAAAAUAUUCUUGCUGCCGAUGAAGAAAAACAAAUUGAAGCACUUUACACAACACAACAAUUUGUAAUCGAAUUGAAACAUCCACAUGAUCAUAAACAUUUUUGGUGUGCAGUAACUGUUGCAAGUAAUUAUAAUGGUAAAGAACAACUUGAAGUAACAUCAGUAGAACGAAGAAAUGAAAUAAUUACAAAUGAAAAUGAUUCUGAUCUUCCAUUAUUGCGUAAUCCAGAGAUUCUCAUUGGUCAAAAAGAUCUUACUGCUUUAUCUUAUUUAAAUGAACCUGAAGUUUUAUAUAAUCUUGAAUCUCGUUUUAAUAAAUCUCAAAUUUAUACAAAAUGUGGAAUUGUCUUAGUUACAAUAAAUCUUUAUGAAUAUUUAUCUAUCUAUGGAAAUGAUGCAAUUCAAUUGUAUCAUGAUCAAGAUAUUCAAUUAUUAGAACCACAUAUAUUUGCAACAGCUGAAUUAGCUUAUCAAUCAAUGGCAAUUGGAAAUGCAAAAACAAUAAGAAAUGAUAACUCAUCACGAUUUGGAAAAUAUAUUGAAAUUGGUUUUUUAAAAUAUCAUAUUUGUGGUGCAUCUAUGAGAACUUAUCUAUUAGAAAAAUCAAGAGUUGUUUAUCAAGCACCGGAUGAACGAAAUGAUCAUAUAUUUUAUCAAUUAUGUACACAAUUUAAUCAACCCGAAAUGAAAUCUCUUGCUUUAUUACCGGCUAAUCAAUUUCGAUAUACAUCUGAAGGAAAUGCAAUAACAAUAAAAGGUGUUGAUGAUGCUCAACAAUUUUUAGAAACACGUGAAGCAUUAACUCUUUUUGGUAUUGAAAAUAAAGUUCAAAUGACAAUAUUUCGUCUAUUAUCAUCAAUUCUUCAUUUGGGAAAUGUAAUUAUUAAUGAAGGUGAUGGUGAAUUAUCAUAUGUAAAAGAAUCUGAUAAAUCAUUUUCAAUAUUUUGUUCACUUUUAAAAUUGGAUGAAAAUCGAAUGAGAACAUGGUUAUGUAAUAAGAGAAUUAAAACUGGUGUAGCAGUUGUUAAUACAACAUCAAAUAUAAAUCAAGCAUUAUUUGCUUGA